AAGUAUUUUAGCUCCACAAACAACAGAAAAAAGAACAUUUUAUGGCUCUCCAUCCUUACAAACUACCCCAACUUCUUCUCUAUGUGUUUCUCUUUCUUCUCUCUACUUCCACCAACUCAAUUUGUAAACAACAAUGGGGGAAACAACUUUCUCCAAACUCUCAGAGGAUGUUAUACUAAAGAUAUUCUUUCAAUUAGAAGACGACCCACGAAACUGGGCUCGUUUAUCUUGCGUUUGCAGUAAAUUCAAAUCUUUAAUAUCCUCAAUUUGCUGCAAGUCCAAGUGUAUUACCUCCUUCCCUUCCAUUUCAUCCGAUCUCCUUUCUCUUUCCUCAUCUGACGGUUGGGCGUCUCUUUAUAAGAUUGCCGUCUGCUGUCCGGGCGUGCUCCACGCUGGAGUCCUCUUUGACAACUCCGAUUUCGGGCUCCAGCGUGAGCUCGGCCCGACAGAAGAUUACGUAAAACCCGAAACCCAAAAUGACACGAACUCUUGUUCGUUCUCAAUACUUUCGACGACGACAACAGCAACAACUGCCUCCGAGGCUCAUGAGAAUAAUACUAGUACGACUCAUGAGUUGUUCGGGGGUUGGUCGUUGUACGAUGAUUUGUAUUUUGAUACCAUGUAUGACAACUCGGAGACGUCCACCCCUCUGGAAGUUAGCACAGGGGUGGAGAAUCUAGAUUCAAGAUUUGUAGUAACGAGUUGUCACAACGAGGCAAAGAGACGGAAGGUUUCGAGGCCUCAACGGUCGCAUUUGGCUUCAGGAGUCUGGAAUUUGAGCAGGGAACAAGGGAAUAAGUUGUUAGCGAGUAGAUUUCGAGAUGAUUGUCUAUACAUAAGUGAUUGGCCUGGUUGUGUUCACAUUGAGGAGAAGAGGAAUUACAUGUUGUUUAGGGGGGUUUUUAAGAACUUUAAAAGAACAAGAGUUUGGAGAACUAUAAACGACGGGGAUCGAAGUAGAGUUGACUUAAACUGUGCGUUUUGUAACUGUAAAGAGACAUGGGAUUUGCACUCAGCUUUUUGUUUGAAGAGAGGAUUUGGGUUCCAUGAUGAUGGGGAGCCGGUGGUGAGAGCUUAUGUGUGUGAGAAUGGUCAUGUUUCUGGUGCUUGGACGGAUUUGCCCUUGUACACCUGACUUUUAUAUCAAUUAUAGUUCUAGACGAGAAAUGUCUGGUUCAUAUCAUACUAUAUGUAAUAAUGUUCUAUUAUUGAUUGGUUAUCUUUUGUUAUGUGUUAAUUAUUAUUACUCUUUCAGAAUGAAAUAAUAUAAUAUAUGCUUUCAUUUGAAGAAAUGUAAGCAUUAUUAGUAUAUUUUGUUGUGCACAUAGUUUAAAGUUUAUAUAAUUUGAUUGAGCUCAUGUAUAACCAGAUAAUAUAUUAUAAAUAUCAUCAUAUAUCUUGUUUGGA